GCAGGUGGGGGAGCGCGGAGCGGAGCCGAGGCCAAGUGCAUUGUGUCUGGCGGCGGCGCGCGAGCCCACCGGCGGCGGCGGCGGGGCGGGGAGCCAUGGAGCCGCGGGCGCUCAUCACCGCGCUCAGCCUCGGCCUCAGCCUCUGCUCCCUGGGGCUGCUCGUCACGGCCAUCUUCACCGACCACUGGUACGAGACCGACCCCCGGCGCCACAAGGAGAGCUGCGAGCGCAGCCGGUCGGGCGCCGACCCCCCGGACCAGAAGAACCGUCUGAUGCCGCUGUCGCACCUGCCGCUGCGGGACUCGCCCCCGCUGAGGCGCCGGCUGCUCCCGGGCGGCCCCGGGCGCACCGACCCCGAGUCCUGGCGCUCGCUGCUGGGGCUCGGCGGGCUGGACGCCGAGUGCGGCCGGCCGCUCUUCGCCACCUACUCGGGCCUCUGGAGGAAGUGCUACUUCCUGGGCAUCGACCGGGACAUCGACACCCUCAUUUUGAAAGGUGACUUUGGCAAUUGUAUUAGCUCUUCAUUCUCCAAUUGUCAGUACCUUUCGUUCUUCUGCUCAGUAUGUGGAAUAUCUGUUUGUGUUUUGAGAUUAGAUUUAAGAAGAAUCACCGCUGGCUUCCUGGGCAUGGCUGUUGCCGUCCUGCUGUGCGGCUGCAUUGUGGCCACAGUCAGUUUCUUCUGGGAGGAAAGCCUGACCCAGCACGUGGCUGGCCUUCUUUUCCUCAUGACAGGAAUAUUUUGCACCAUUUCCCUCUGCACGUACGCUGCCAGCAUCUCCUAUGAUUUGAACCGGCUCCCGAAGCUAAUUUAUAGCCUGCCUAAUGAUGUGGAACAUGGCUACAGCUGGUCUAUCUUUUGCGCCUGGUGCAGUUUGGGCUUUAUUGUGGCAGCUGGAGGGCUCUGCAUCGCUUAUCCAUUUAUUAGCCGGACCAAGAUUGCACAACUAAAGUCUGGCAGGGACUCCACGGUAUGACUGUCCACACUCAGGUUCACUGCUCAGUGGCCCAUCCACAGGGCGGACGACUCCUGACAGGAACAGACUGGAGUUGGCAUCAGGAUCCCAAGCACAAAGCGGUCUUAGACGUUCCAACCUGUUGCCUGCCGAGCCCUUUCUGGAUGACUGAUAUAAAAAUCAUGCAAAACCUCCAUACCUUUCUAAGGACAAGACUACUGUGGAUUCAAGUGCUUUAAUGACUAUUUAUGCUUCGACGUAUGAGGACUAGGGAGCAGUGCCAUGGAACAUUUAUUUCUAGGUUUAGAAAAAGAAGAUAUCGCAUUGGAAAAAUUUGUAUGAUUGCCACUUAUUUCAGAAAGUUUGUAUAUAACGAUGACCUGAGAGUCGUUUCUAUUUGCAAAAGGAUUCAUAACAAAGCAAGUAUAAUUUUCUUGUCGUUGUACCAUGCUUGUUAAAUUUCAAUGCAGCUUCGUCAGCACUAGUCCGAAUGGGGUCUUGUUGUGUUGGCACCAAAUGUUUGUGUUUGUGGAUGUUCCUCGUCACAGGAAGAUUCUUCUUCUGUUGCCUUAUUUAUUUUUUAAUGGCAGUCUCUUCUCCAUCUUCGUAGUGGAAUCAAGAUCAUAAGACAAACAGAUCAACCGUGUAAGAGCUAAUCCGUGACACUAUGCAGUAUUGUUUGAAGUCCUAUCUGUUGUUCAACCUCUGUCUCUCUACGUUAACUGGGUUUCUGCAUUAAAUGACUGCCCCCUUGUUCA